GCUAGCUUAUACCAUCGCAGCUUUACGACGCUGGCUGAGAUCUUUGAGAGAGAACCAGCGAAGCUGCGCCGCCUCGACUCUCACGCGCCAUCUUGUUUGUCCAACAAAGCGGGGGUGGACUUUGUUGAAUUUUGAUAACAAAUUGUCUACCAAUUUAACACAUUUUCCACGACUUUUCACAGAAUGAAUCGUGGUCGAAAUGAUCGUCCGUACAGGGGAGGUCAAAGGAGUAAUUAUGAUAACAGGAAGAAUACUCCACAGCGACCGCUAAUAAAGAAAGACCAGGGUGGUACUUCAUCUUCAAGUCCGUCAAGUGUCAGAGCCAAUCCAAAUCCAAGUCGCGAUGCAGCCCAGGAGCCGAACACAAUGAAGCCCAGUGUCAAAGAUGUUCCUAAGGAUUCCCGGGCACAUCAGGAAUCCAAACAAGAUAUACUAAACAAAUCAUCUGAGCGGAGUUCUUCAAGCAUGUCUUCAGGCGACAGAGAUAGACGUCAUCAUCAACGGGACCACGACCGAAGAGACGACAGCAACCAAGCUACACAAGACGGAGAUGUGAUGGUAGAAACAUCCAGCCGAAAACCAGAAAAAAAGUUCACCCAGCGAUGCCGGCUGUUCGUGGGAAAUCUGACCCCUGACACGACUGAAGAAGAUUUUAAAAGCCUAUUCGCAAAGUAUGGUGAAAUUUCGGAGGUUUUCCUGAAUAAAACUAAAGGAUUCGGCUUCAUUAGAUUGGACACCAGGUACAAUGCUGAAGCAGCUAAAGCAGAGUUAGAUGGAACGAUGAGAAAGAACAGAAUGCUUCGAGUUCGUUUUGCUACACAUGGUGCAGCCUUGAAAGUAAAGAAUAUCCCAUCAUGUGUCUCCAAUGAGCUCCUUGAACAAGCGUUUUCUCAGUUUGGUGUUGUGGAGAGAGCAGUGGUCAUUGUGGAUGACCGUGGCCGACCAACAUCAGAAGGAAUUGUUGAGUUCGCACGGAAACCAGGGGCACAAAAUGCCCUGACCAGGAUCAAGGAGGGAGUCUUUCUACUCACGACUUCUCCAACACCUAUCUCAGUUGAGCCUCUAGAGCAACGUGAUGAGGAAGAUGGACUUCCAGAAAAAAAUAUUCCCAAGAAUCAGUCCUACCAUCAUGAUAGAGAGAACCCACCACGAUUUGCUGCCCCUGGAUCAUUUGAGUAUCAGUGGGGAAACAGGUGGAAGGCAUUGGAAGAGACAGAAAAAAUUCAGCGAGAAAACCUAGAACGACAGUUACAAGAUAACAGAGAGAAACUUGACAGUGAGAUGGAGAUAGGAAGAGUUGAACAUCAGACCAUGAUGAUGCGACAAGAACUGUUGCGCCGUCAGGAGGAAUUGAAUCGUCAUGAGGAAACCCAAAGAGAGAUGCAGCUAAGACGUCAAGAGCAGAUGCAUCAAAGAGAUGAGCAACGCCGUAGAGAAGAAGCCUUGAUGAAGCAACAACAGCAGGAAGAAAUAAUGCGCCGUCAGCAGCAAGGUAGUGGCAUGUCUCUGUCCCAGCAGGAAAUGCGACGUCGCCAACAGACAGAAGAUGCUGUACGUCAUGCCAAUCUUCAAGUUGGUAAUGGUAGCCGACAGCAGCAGCAGCUACAGUUGAACCCAAGAGAGCAGCAAGGCGUUGAUAGCAAGACACAGCUUCAGCAGGGCAUGCAGAUGCGUGGUAAUAGCAGUCAUCAGGGACAGAUGAAUCAAGCUGGUAUGGGUGGGCCAGGAAACCAAGGACUUCUAGGUAAUCCCAACAUUCAGGCCCUACAGUCUCUGCAAGGACUUGCUGGAGGCAAUGCAAAUGGAGGCCGGAUUGGACAAGGACAAGGACAAGGACAACCUAUUCCAUCGCGGCCAUCACGUUUUGACCAACCACCUCAAAAUAUGGGAGGGCGUGGUCAAGCAGGGCCAGGUGGAAUGGGAGGCCCUCAACAGGGUGGUGGCUCUUAUGGUGGGGGAUCUACUGGAGGACCGCGCCCCUUAGAAGAGAUACGAACCAGGCCUCCACCAUCCAUGGAUCGCCGUGAUAUGGAUCGUCGUGAUCGUCAUGAGGAAUACAUGGCCAAGCGUCCCCGUCGCUACUAGUCUUGUGCAUUCUGGUUUGUUGUAAAGUAUGUAUUAGUGAUACAUGUGUUUGUUAGUGUCACGUUCAACCCAUGAUAUUGAUUGAUUGGCAUGAAUGUAGCUGUUUUCUCUUGUUAAGUUAGCUUCAUUAAAAAACAUAUUGAAGAAGGUGUUAGUUAACAUGCAAUUUAAGCAUGUGUAUACAAUGACAAAUCUUUAAUCGCUUUGAUCUCAAAACAGAGUUUAUUGAAGAAAACAAACCCAAUGAUAUGUAGCUGGAUUUCUUGUUUACUACAAUGUUUAAUGUUUAUGUUUUUAUCAAGUAUUAAUCGUAUAAUCUUUGCUAGAGUCAUUUUUUAGUUGGUACAAAAGUUGGAAUGUGAGAAAAACAGGAAGAAGAAAAUCUAGGUAAUGUACAUUGUGCGUUCGGAUAAGAAUGAUUUGGAAUGACACUUUCUGUAUCUUUUUUUGGAAGUUCGCAUGUAAAAUGUUUUAUUGACUUUAAAUAUGUGUAGCUUAGCAUGAUUUAAAACUUUUUAGAAUUUCUAAGAUUUAUUUGCUAUGUAGGUUAGAUAUUUUUAAAAACAAGUCCAAGGUGGAUAUUUAAAAGCAGCUUACAUUGAAGUUCAGAUAGAGAGUAGUCUUUAGAUAUUGAUAUUUGUUUUCUUAAACCAGUUGCUUUUAAGCUGAUUAUUUGAGAUUGUAAGUCACUGUAGUGAUUCUAGUGAUGUACAUACAAGUAGUUAUUAGUGCCUCUUUUUCUUAAGAUGUAAUGUUAUUAGACUAGAGAUGUUUGCUGUUAUUAUACACAUAUUGCACAUGUGUUAAUGAAAAUUGGUUAUCAGUAGGAAGAAUCAUGUACGUUGCAUUCGUCACGUUUGCCAGUUAGAUUGCAUAACUUGUAAGCAGUGUCAUGGAGACCCUACAAAAAUACAGUGAUGUUGUUAUUUCCACUGUUGCUAGAAAUCAGGAAAGCAGAGACCACAUUAAGAUUGGAUGGAUCACUUGGUUUCUGGAGUCUCAUAGUUCAAAGAUUUUGACACAACUUAACCCUAAAGGGGCAGGGGAGGGGGGGGGGGGAAUCCGCCCCCCCCAUCAACUUUUUUCGCGAUAGCUUAAAAUAAUUUUUUUCCCGCGACCUGAGCUGUUCUGACUUUUAAGCCUCGAGACUUGCGCAUCUUUUGAUGCUAAAAACAUAAAUAUCGGACAAUGGGUUGCCGCGCAGCGAAAAAGGUUCCGGCGCCACGCGCCAUGAAAACUGAAUUUCCUCAUAUAUGUUGUGUACACAGAGCAGAUUUACCAUUCAUGCAUAUGAAUAAUUAAUUAGCCAUAAUUCCAAAACCCUUUGACCUACAUGUAUAGUCAUGAAAUUUCUUGGGUAUAUUCAUGAAUAGUUGUUCUAUGCGUGUACCGAGUUUCAUAAUUUUUUGUCUCUCGAUGGCCGAGAUCCAUCCCCCGGGUGAGAGAUGAUCGAAAUAGCGCCGCCCUUUUAGGGUUAAGCCAUAUUUUGCACGUACUGUAAUAAAUAAAUUCUCACACCCCAAAUCAUUACAGGCAUUUUGAACCGACUUUUUUUAAAUAUGAUUGUAAUACCUUGGUGUUCGGCACGAAUCAUAUUCCCCCUACCCCCCCCCCCCCCCCCAAUCACUCAGCUGUCUUUAAUCCAGUCGGAUUGUGUCUUUUGAAGCCCCAAUCUCUGGGAAAAAAAAUCUGCAUAAUUUAAGCAUCCUGUGAUAUCUCUGUUUCGUGCGCUGUUUAAUUUCAGGAAACUGGACAAUAAUGCCAUGUUGAGAUUACUCGGAAUUUUAAUGGUAAUUUACAUUAAUCUGGCUGAAAUACUAGAAGUGAGUGCAUUUUUAAGAGUUGCAGAGAGUAUUAGGAGUGGGCUAAAACAUUUGCAAAUGACAAAAUUGCAGUGCCCAACAACAUGUACUGCAGAAGCUUCGUAUACUAAGUUAUACAGUAGAUUCAGCUAAGGCCAGUGAGACUACAUGGCAGCUACACGCAUCAUUUCUGCCAUCUGAAAUGAAAUGAAGUGCGUGUACAUAGGUAACUUGCUAACCCCAAUCACUUUUCUACAAAAUGUAAAGUACAAACCAUUUUAUCUCCACAAAGGAAACAUGCACCACUUUCAAGAAGAAAAUACUUUAUCUUGAUUGAAUAAAAUACCUCCAUUUUAAGCACAAAACAUGCUAAAUAUCUUGCGACGCAAUGUAAAAUGUUUUAUUGACUUUAAAUAUGUGUAGCAGGAUUCAAUCACUUCCAAAAGAAAAUCUAAGUGAAGCCAUUGACUGUCCAGCCCAUCGAGCCUGGUUCAUGUAUUGGUUCAAUUCAAGUCAUUCUAUUUGCCAAAUAUAGGACAUCUAUCCCCAUAUACCGGUAGGACUCAUCUAUUGUCAGAUGAGUGCCUUUGUGCAAAAUGAACUGACGACAUCGGAUCUUUUAAGGAAUUGUUUAUUCUUCUUUAAUUUUUUUUAGUGAAAACUCUUUUUUGCAUAUUGACACACUUCAGGUCUAAAAAUUCCCACUGGACCACUGGCCUGAUCUCAGUGAUGUAAGUGUUUGUUUACAUGUAGUGCUUUCUAUAGACCAGCAAUCCGUAGUGAUUUACAUAACUGAAAACUGAUAAUUUUUAACAAUAUCCAACUUGCCCUGGCAAAACUUUAAAACUGCUAAAGGAAAUUCAUCAUGGCAUCACAGCUAUUUCCCGACUGAACAGUUCUGCUGUUCUAGAAGAGUGUUUUAAGUCUGUUUUCACAAUACUAGUACCCUUAAUCAGAGGUAGGCGGCUGAUGGCAAUAUGUUGUUUUUAGUUUGCUGUAUCUCUGUAGGCCACACCUCCAAAUCCCUGUAGUGCAUGGAUUAUAUGUGAUGAUCUGGUUCCCAGACACCAGUCAGCAAGUUUACAGCAUACCACAGAACAGAUGUAUACAGGUGUUUCAUGAUCUGACUGCUUCAAGACUGAAUGCUUUUGUUACCUCUAAAUUCUUUGUUUCACUGCAGUUCCAUAACAAGUGUAAAACUUUUGUUUAUUGUGAGACCAUACAAACAUACUUGUAAAACUAUUGUCAACUUGGCUGUGAUGACAAGCGUUACUCUACAUGGUUUUAAUAGGCUUGACUGAUUAGGAAAAGGAGAAGAGUAAGGCACUUCCAAAUCAGCAAUUUUUGCCUUAACUAUAGGUAGUUCCAGCAGUGAAUAAAGCCAUUGAAAUAAGAGCAACAGCUAGCUGUCAACACGGGACUGAUAAUGUUCGGAAAUCAGGUCCAACAACACUGAGGUUGUAGUAAUGUUUUGAAAAAACAACAUAUAACUGGAAUUCAGACUAGCAAUAUAAUGCCUCAAAAUGUUGAAAUCCACUGUUUGAUAAUUAGACAAAAAUAACAUUUUCAAGGCAUAAUUGUGUGCACUGUUAUAUUGUACCUAUUAAUAUUUAAAGAUCCUAGAGCAACACAAGCUCUUGUUGAAACAAGUUAUGGGGAAAUUGCAUCUUUGCUCUGGAGGUUUUCUUUGUACAUUUGCAGUGUAUUCUUCAGACGUCACGCUACAGAUGGUGGAUCAGAGAAUGGGAAAUACUUACACUGACCCAUCAAACCUUGCACAGGUCCAGUCCAAAAUGAACGUGAUGGUCACUCACUCUAACUAGUUGCUAUCAGACCACUUUAUCUAUCCUACAUAUAUCCUAGUAAUGUCCUGCUUCAAGUUACUCUUAUUCCAUAGAGUGCUUUAUUUGACAGUUGUUUAGUAAACAAGGAAUGUUUAGCACAUGCUUGUAUUCAAGGCCAGAAGAUUCUGUAGGAAUGCUCAUGUUUUCAUACAUACAUGUUCAAGCCAUUGGGAGUCAAUUAAUUCAACAAUACCUUUCUACUUUAAGUCUUACCUUCAAAGUUUUUCUUGCCACCCAACCGAAUGUAAAAAUCCAACAGAUUUAACUGAUUCGAUAAAGUACUAUGGAACUUUGAUUUUUCGGCAUUUAGCUUGGUAAGCGUUCACUAAUUUUGUUAAAAGAAUUUUUGAGUAGUAGAUAGUUGAUCUUCUGUUUCAAUUCAUACAAAUUGAGCAUACAUGUACAUAUGGGGCUACACUGCUGUGAUUGUGUUUAGAUUUUGUGAUGUGAGGUCAAUGCACAGAGUGUGCUUGCACAGACGGUGCUUUGCUGCUUGCACAGGGAUCUCAGACCUCUACUUUUUGCAUUGGAACAGUCUCACACAGUGUGGAUGUUAAUUACAUUGUAGUUAAUAAUAAAAAAGCAAAACCAAGAAAAAGAAUGUUGUAGUCUA